GCAUUCUAUUAAAUUUAAUUAAAAUGUGCCCUAGCAAAAAUGGAAGAAGAUAUCGAACUGUUGAGGUCGAUGUACAUUGAAGGAAAAGAACUAACAAUCAAUCAUCAGAGUCAUAUUACUCGGAUAACUUUCUGCCUCUCAAAUCUUAUUUCUAUUCAACAAGAAGAAGAAUUGUAUCUCAUUAUUGAUAUCUUAUCUGAUCACGAGGUGGUCAGUGAUGUAAAGUUGAAAUCUGGAGAUAAGUCUGCUUCUUUGUUAAACUCAGAUUUACCUGAUAUCAACUUAUCAGAUACCGUGCCAUCUGACAUUUUAACUCAGGUCUCUGAAAAUAUUGAAACAAUGAAAGAGAUCAUGUUUAAAAAUUACCCUGAACAAACAUCCAAUGUAGAUUCGGAUCUGAAUUUGCGGAGAAUUAUCUAUAAACUGGAUCACAUGAGAAAUGAAAACAAGUACAAGAAAUGUUUGGCCAAGUUUGCUAAACAAACUGGUUGUAAUUGUUUGCUCUAUUCUGGUAAACAUGGUAUAAGGAUUGUUGUGGAGGGAGAACAUUCGUCAGCAAAAGAGUUUGUUAAGCUCAAUAAAACUACUUCUGUUGAUGUGGAUAGUACAGGCAGACCCUGCAAAGAGAGGCUGAUCGAGAUAAUAUCCGAAACACCGAUAAAAGAAAUGUGCUUGGAAGAUCAGUUCACCUCAAUAACAGACCCAAACGAGAUUCAUUCCAUAUUCCUCCGGCAGCAGCUCUCUCUGUGAAACUUAAGACGAAUGUUCAUUGUUCACGUGUGAAAUGAAGAUUUAGCUUUGGAUUGAACCCUCGACUGUUGACAAGAGUGAUUUGACUGGCUAAGAAAGGCGGAUGCGUGACACGAUUUUGACCACGUGUACAUAAUAUGAAUCACCCUUUCUUGCGUCUGCUGCUGCAGAGGCUGUGCAUGCUAUUAUGCUACGGAAUCGUACAUUUGAAUGUUAUGAUUACAGCAGACACAGUUGACAGUAUUAACAUUCGAAUCUGUAAUGAUAGCGUUAGCUGACGUUGAGUAUAAAAACGACAAGUCUGUAAUAAUGGCAUUAAGCUGCAGUCGCCCCAAUAUAAUCCAGUGUAGAAUCUUAAUAUAUAUGGUCAUCAUGAAGACAUGAAGACGACGCAACGUCUCUCAAUAUUACUGACUUGUCGUUUUCAUACUACACGUCAUCUAACACUCAUCAUUACAGAUUCGAAUGUUAA